AUGUAUUGUCUCCAUCGAAUAGCACUUCUACAAAACUCGGUUUUUCUGAUGGUUUUGUGGGGUCAGGAAGAAAAGAAAGACCUUGGAAUAGGAAAAGAGAGACAUCUGUUAAGUGGUGUGGAUCUUCCUCUUAAAAGUUAUUAUGCCAGACGAUUGGUGUAA